AUGGACCCUAAGACGACGCGCGCGCCGCCUCGCCGGCGCACGCGCGCCGACGCGCGCGCGGCGGGCGAGGCGGAGGCCCUGCCGGAGCCGGCCGGCGACGGCGACGACCAGCCCGUGUCGUCGCUGUCGUCCGCGGCGUCGACGCCCACGGGCCGCCGCCCGAGCCCCGACGCCCGGUCGACGCCGCCGGGCCGGCCCGCGGCGUCCGAGGCGGCGACGCUCGGCGGGUCGCUCGCGCUCUGGCGGGCCCUCGACGGCGCGAUGGAGCGCGGCGAGCGCGGCGACGGCGCGGCGCCGCCCGCGAAGCGCGCGCGCGUGACGCUGACGCCGUCCAAGCCCGACGAGGCCGAAUCGUCCCUGAGCUCCCUCGCGAGCCACGUCGCGGCGAACUCCCUCGCGUCCGCCGGCACGCGCGACGCGGCCCGCGCGCUCGCGGACCUCGACGCGCCCGCGCCCGAGAACGCGGCCGCGCUCCUCGCGCCGCUCCUCGCGGACCCGGCGCGCGCCCGCGGCGCCGUCGCCGCCGCCCGCGCCCUCGCCGAGGGCUCGCCGACGCGGACCGCCGCGGACGCCGAGGCCGCCCGCGCGGCGCUCGCGCCGACGAUCCCGGCCCUCGUGCGCCUCCUGGGCCACGACGACGCCGACGUCCUCGAGCACGCCGCGGGCUGCCUCGCGGCGGUGGCCCGGGGCAGCGACGCGCGCCGGGACGCGGCCAAGGACGCGGGCGCCGGCUACCUGGAGAAGCGCAUCCAGAGGCCCUUCGGCAUCGUCGUCUGGCAGAAGCGCCACGUGAUGCUGACGCCGUCGGAGAUCGUCGUGCGGAACCCGCAGAAGAAGGACGAGACGAAGCGCUACCUCUACGAGUCCGUCGUGCUCGCGCCGUUCUCCGCGGCGCCGAAAGGCCGCGUCGCCUUCGCGCUCCUGGACGCCGAGGAGCAGGAGACGAAGCUCACGCUCGCGGCGGAGACCAAGUUCGAGCACGGCCGCUGGAUCCGGGCCGUCGCCGAGGCCCAGGAGGCCGUGAGCGCCGAGGCGCGGAAGCGCAAGGCGCGGCGCCGGCGCACGGCGGCGUUCUGCGACGCGCCCGCGGCGCCCGCGGCGGCGAAGCCGCUCCGCCGCGCGAGCGACGUCGCGCCCAAGGCGGCGCGGAGCCCUCUCGCGCCCGCGGCGUCGCGCGCCGUCAACGCGCCGGCGCCGGCGGCGGCCGCGAAGCCCGGCCCGGCGCCCGAGGGCCCGUCGGCGGUCGCGGCGCUCUUCGCGGCGCGCGCGGCGCCGAAGCCCGCGGCGCCGGAGGGCCCGUCCGCGGUCGCGGCGUUGUUCGCGGCGCGCGCGGCGCCGAAGCCCGCGGCGCCCGCGGCCGGCGGCGUCGCGGCGUUGUUCGCCGCGCGCGCGGCGGCGGCCGCACCGCCCGCGGCGGGCGGCGUCGCGGCCUUGUUCGCCGCGCGCGCGGCGCCGCCGGCGCCGCCGGCGCGGCCCUACGAGCGCGUCGAGGUCGAGUUCGUCCGCGGGCCCCUGGGCCUCAUGUUCGACGACCUGGCGGGGUCGUCGAACCGCGCGGUCAUCACGGGGACGACGGAGACCGGCGAGCACUUUGCGUCCCUGAAAGUCGGCGACGAGAUCGUCGGCGUCGCCGGCGAGAGCUUCUUCGAACACGAGGCGGACGUCGAGGCCGGCGGCGAGGGCCUCUUCACGCAGGACGACGUCUACGACAUGCUCGCCGAGGCCGUCGAGCGGGGCGAGUACCCGUUCAAGGUCCAGGUGCGGCGCCGCGCGGCCGCGCCCAAGGCCGACACCGGCUUCGACGAGGAGAAGCUCGCCCAGUACGAGAAGAUGGUGCGCAUGGGCUGCCCCGCGGGCGGCGCGAUGAUCAAGGCGCGCACGGACGGUGUGGACGCGGCCCACCUCGCGGAGCUCGAGCGCCGCUUCGCGGCCGCGGGAAACGCGCCGCCGCCGCCGCCGCCGCCGCCGGCCGCGGCCGCGGCCGCGGAGGCCGACCCGGACGUCGACGCGUCGCGCGUCGAGUACUACCGGCGGAUGCGGAAGAACGGCGUCGACCCCGAGGCCGUCAUGCACAAGGCGAGCCACGAGAAGAUGAGCGCCGCGACGCUCGCGGCCGUCGCCAAGGCGCUCGGCGUCGCGGCGCCCGCGCGCGCCGAGGUCCGCGACGCGCCCGCGUCGACGACCAAGGGCGUCCACUGGGAGAGCGUGACGUCGCCGACGGCCAAGAGCCGCCAGGGGAGCCUCUGGGGCCGCACGAGCGGCCGGAGGAACCGCGAGUCGCUCGGCUGCCGCGCGGAGCUUCUGUUUACGGAGAACGAGACGGCCUCCAAGCUCCUCGAGGAGAUGUUCACGACGACGCCGGCCAAGGCGCCCAAGAAGGGCGGCGCGACGCCCGCGAAGACGCCCGACGCCCAGAAAACCGUCGAGGCGCUGGACCACCAGGAGGCGUUGAACGUGUCCAUCGCGCUCGCCGGCGUCCGCGGCGCGAAACCCUGGCCGCCGUCGGGCGCCGACGACGAGGCGGCGCUCCUGCGGAGCCUCGUGGCCGUGGGCGUCGACGGCGACCGCGUCACCGCCGACGGCGUGCGCGCCCUCGUCGUCGCGCUGCCGAGCGAGGACGCGUGCGCGAAGGCCUGGGCCGCGGCCGCGGCGGCCGCGCGCGACGGCUCGAAGCCGCCGAAGCUCUCGAGGCCCUCGGCCUUCGCCCUCGCCGUCCACGCCUGGGGCCGGGCCAACGUCGAGCGCUACCUCGGCGCCGCCGCGACCUGCGCGGACGCGCCCGGCGAGCUCGCCGCGGCCGCCGCGGCCGCGGCGACGUGCGCGGACGCGUGCGCGGCGCUCCGCGAGGACAAGCAGCUCCGCGCGUCGCUCCACAGCGCCCUGGCCCUCGGGAACCGCCUGAACCGGGGCACGCGCCGGGGCAACGCCGCCGCGGUGUCGCUCGUGCAGUUGGAGCGCCUCGACCACACCAGGGGCGCGGGCGGCCGCACGCCCUUCGACCUCCUCGCCGUCGUCCUCGAGGGCGACGCGUCGGAGCGCGGCGCCGACGGGGCGCUCGACGCGGCGGCCAUCGACGCGGCGCUGCGCGCCAUCGUGCCCGCGCUCGCGCAGCCCGAGAAGACGUUCGACGUCGUCCGCGCGGCGGAGAAGACGCUCCGCGAGCUCAAGCACUUCGCCGGCGCCUGCGAGGCCGACGAGCGCCUCGGGCCCCGCGGCGGCUCCGACGCCGACGACCUCGCCGUGGCCGCGUUCGCGCGGCGCAUGGAGGCCGCGACGGCGCCGGCGGACGCCGCGCUCGCGAAGGCCAAGGCCGCCGUCGCGCGGCUCCGCGACGAGCAGGGCCUCCUCCGCGACUACGUCGACGAGAAGGACCUGCCCAUCCCCGUGAUCCUCGAGGCCGUCGCGGCCUUCGCGACGAAGCUCGUCAAGGCGCGCGAGCGCGCGGUCGACGCGCGGACCUAG